GAGUCGUCGCGCAUCGUCUAAUGCUCUCUCGUCGUUUGAUUCGGCUCGUGUUCGCGUGAGAUGUGCCUUUUGCACUGCUCAGUCGCCGCUUAGAUUUAGACAUCAGCAGCAGUACGAGAGAUGUGUCGGACAUGAUUGUUCGCGCGGAGGAACCGGAGAUAAGUUGCACCGGUAGCAGGAAAAUGUAGGGGUGCUCUCGAUUACAUCGACGUCCGUCCAUAAAAGUGCCGGUAAAUCAUUUUAUGUGAUAAACGUGACAAUAAGGGACAUUUUAUGAUUAUUGUGAAAAAUGGAUGUGAGUACGAGCUGUGCAAAUGCGAAUCCCCGACUCUCCGCCAACAUCGUCAGUAAGCUGUUAUUUUGUUGGUUGAAUCCCCUCUUUUGGUAUGGAAGGAAGCACGAUAUUCAGGCCAAGGAUCUUCAUACAGCUUUGCCAAACGAUCUUAGCGAACCUCUUGGCAAUCAGUUGGAAAAAUAUUGGAAAAGGGAAAUGGAUAAUUUCCACAAGACUAAGAAGAAGCCUAGUUUAUUGAGAGCUAUUAGAAAAACAUUUGGAUGGUCUUACCUUCAAUAUGCAACACAUAUUUUAUUUUUAGCUAUUGUUAUAAGAAUAUUACAACCAUUAAUUUUGGGUGUUCUUAUUUAUCACUUUGAUCCUUGCUCCACAACAACAACAUUAGAUGCUUAUUUGCUCGCUUCUGGUGUUAUUUUGAUGGCCAUAUUGCAGGCAAUUAUUGGACAUCAUUCUAAUUUUGGCCAACUAGAAAUUGGUAUGCGUGUAAGGAUCGCUUGCUCAUCUUUAGUUUACAGAAAAAUCACACGGUUGUCUUGUUCAGCUGCUAGCCAAGCCACUGGGGGCUUGAUAACUAAUUUACUGUCAAACGAUGUUGCUAGAUUCGAGCAGCUUUUCCUAUUUUUACAUUACAUAUGGGUUAUGCCCUUACAAGGAGCUGUGAUAGCCUAUUUAAUUUGGAGACACGUUGGUGCUGCGUCAUUAGCUGGUGUUCUUCUCAUGGUAUUACAAACAAUUCCGGUACAAGCAUAUUGUGCUAAAAUUAUGUCCAAAUUGCGUUCGAAAAUCGCCACAAGGACAGAUGAAAGAGUUUUAUUAAUGAGCGAAAUAAUAAAUGGUAUUCGGGUUAUCAAAAUGUAUACAUGGGAGAAGCCUUUUGAAAAACUAGUGUCUUUUACAAGAAAACUCGAAGUCGAUGUCCUUACAGUUGCAUCAUACUUAAGAGCGAUUAACUUGGCUUCCUUUGUAUUUACCGAACGUACAACAUUAUUCAUAACAAUUGUGGCUUUUGUACUUCAAGGAUAUACAAUAUCAGCCGAUAAAGUCUUUACGAUGGCACAGUACUUUAAUAUAUUGCAAUUGUCAAUGGCUAUUUUAUAUCCUCGAGCUGUAGGUUGUGCUGCAGAGGCGAGAAUAUCAAUAAAGAGAAUCGAGAAGUUUUUGCUUCUCGAAGAAGUUGAAUCAAAUACUAAAGAUUUAAUAGUUAAUAACGAUAAUACAAGUAUCCUCGUGAAAAAUGUUAAUGCCUCCUGGUCGGAAAAGUCCAUCGCCAAUACACUUCACGAUAUAAAUAUCGUCGUCCCUCAAAAGAAACUAUUCGCAGUUGUGGGUCCAGUUGGCGCGGGAAAGAGCUCCGUCUUGAAACUAAUCCUAGGGGAGCUUCGAGCAGCGAGCGGCAAACUCCAGCUCCACGGGAGCAUGUCGUACGCGAGCCAGGAACCCUGGCUUUUCAACGGAUCCAUCCGCAGCAAUAUUCUCUUCGGCGCGCCCUACGACGAAGAGAAGUAUCAGGUAGUGACUAGGGCCUGUGCCCUCGUCAAGGACUUUGAGCAGCUGCCCCACGGGGACAAGAGCCUCGUCGGCGAGAGGGGCGGCAGCCUCAGCGGGGGACAGUGCGCGAGGAUCAAUCUAGCAAGGGCAGUUUACAGAGAUGCUGAUAUAUAUUUAUUAGAUGAUCCUCUUUCAGCUGUCGAUACUCGUGUUGGUAAAAGUUUAUUCGAGGAUUGUAUCAAUGGAUAUUUGAAGGAUAAAACGAGAAUUCUCGUAACACAUCAAAUACAGUAUUUGAAACAAGCCGAUGCAAUUAUCUUAUUGAAUAACGGCAAAGUGGAGUUUCAAGGCACAUUUUUGAAUUUUAGUAAAAAUGAAAGCUAUAUACGUCACUUGCCGUCGAGCAGUGAGAUGGAGAAGACACUAGUCGAAGAGCCGGAGAUUGUUGAAAAUGGACAAAUGGCAUUAGUAUUGAAUUCAAAGAUUGAGGAAAAUGAGGAUAAUAACGAGCCUCAGGAGGUCGAGGAGCUUAUGGCCAAGGGUAACGUUGCCAAGUCUUUGUACUGGAAUUACUUCAAGGCUGGUGGCUCGUAUUUUAUACUAUCAUAUCUCGUGAUAAGUUUCAUUUUAGCUCAAUUGGCUACCAGUGGUUGCGACUUUUGGCUUGGCUUUUGGACCAGAAAGGAAGAGGAGCGCCUAAGAAACUUUAUAAUAGAUACAAACUCUUCCAGUUGUAUGACAACCCAAAUGAUUGAAAAUAUGGAGAAUACCUGGUUUUAUAAGAAGUACAAGCUUUAUCUUAAUAUAUCUACAACUGUAUUUAUUUAUACAAUUUUAAUAGUAGGUAGUAUUGUCAUGUCGACGGUUAAGAAUAUACUGUUCUGCAAGGUUUGCAUGAAUGCGAGCAAGACCCUUCACAAUGCCAUGUUCUCGGCUCUUUUAAAAGCGCCCAUGAGAUUUUUCGACGUCAAUCCAUCGGGUCGAAUUCUCAAUCGUUUUUCAAAAGAUACCGGAGCAGUGGAUGAGACUUUACCAAUGGCUAUGCUCGAGGCUUUUCAAAUAUUUUCCGUUAUGAUUGGAAUUAUGAUGCAAGUACUUAUAAUAAAUUGGUGGACAAUUUUUCCUAUGCUGGUCAUGGGUUUUCUUUAUCUGAAAAUUAGAAAUCUUUAUUUAGCUAGCGCACAAGAUAUUAAGAGGCUAGAGGGCAAUGCCAAGAGUCCGGUUUUCUCGCACGCCAACACCUCCUUCCUCGGUCUGCUGACAAUUCGCUCAUGCGGGGCGCAAGCCAUGACCUGCAAGGAAUUCGAUAUACUCCAGGACGUGCACACCGCGGCCUACUCCCUCAUCCUCUCAACCUCAACGGCCUUCGGAUUCUGGCUUGACAUCGUCUCGAUCACCUUCGUAGCCUUCGUCACGUACAGCUUCAUCGUGAUCGACAGCAACGAUUUCUUUAAUGGCAAGCCAUUCGCGGGUAACGUCGGCCUGGCCAUAUCCCAGUCUCUCAUACUCUGCGGCAUGCUGCAGUACGGCAUGAGACAAACCGCGGAGAUGAUGGCCCAGAUGACGAGCGUCGAGAGGAUGUUCCAGUUCACGGAGCUGGAGAAGGAGGGGCCCUUCGAGAGCGAGCCCGGUAAGAAGCCGAACAAGAGCUGGCCGAGAAAGGGCAGGAUACAGUUCAAGGAAGUCUACCUGAAGUAUUCCGCCGAGAACGAGCCCGUACUGAAGAAUCUGACAUUUGUCGUGGAGCCGGGAAUGAAGAUUGGAAUCGUCGGGCGCACGGGCGCUGGGAAAUCUUCAUUGAUAACGGCUCUGUUCCGCCUCUCGCAAAUCGAUGGCUCCCUACUUAUCGACGACGUGGACAUCAGUAAAAUCGGCCUGAAUGAUUUGCGUAACAAGAUCUCCAUCGUGCCCCAAGAGCCGAUACUCUUCUCGGCGACGCUGCGUGACAAUCUCGAUCCCUUCCACGAGUCCGACGACGCGACCCUCUGGCUCGCGCUGCAAGAGGUCGAGCUCGACAAGAUCUUCGCCUCGUUGGAGCACGCGGUGACACGAGGCGGUGGUAACAUGAGCGCCGGUCAGCGUCAGUUGCUCUGCCUCGCGCGAGCCAUCGUCAAGAGAAACAAAAUCCUGAUCCUCGACGAAGCCACGGCCAAUGUGGAUCACAUCACGGACUCCCUCAUCCAAAAGACCAUUAGGGUGAACUUCAAGGAUUGCACGGUACUCACUAUAGCGCACAGACUCAACACCAUUAUGGACUGCGACAAGUUGCUCGUUAUGGAGAAUGGCCAAGCCGUGGAGUACGACCAUCCUCAUAAUUUACUGCAGUGCAACGACGGCUACUUAGCUCAAAUGGUCCAACAAACUGGCAAUAAUAUGGCGCAGCAUCUAAAAGAAAUUGCCGAAAAGGCCUUCAACAAAGACUUACGAACCAGCUCGAUAGAUUUAGUUUCCGAUGAUGAAAAUAACAAAAGUGCAAUUGUGAAAAAAUAAUAUAAUUG